AUAAUACUAAAGCUAAAAUAGAAUUAUUAUUAACCACGAUGGCUGAAGAAGUAGAAUUAAUCUUUAAUGAAUUAUUAAUCUUGAAUAAUAAUCUUACGGAUUGGAUUCAAUAUUAUAGAAAACCUUAUAUUAUCGCAUCACUAAAUCCAAAUAUUUCAAAAAUUUUACAUAAUAUGUGGUAUGCAGCACCAAACAAUACAAAUUGUGCUAAAGCAGCACAUGCUAUAAGCAAUCGUGAAGAAAAACAACUCAAACUAAUGAUAGCGAUAAUAAGGAUUGAUAUAAAAGCCAAUUACAAUGUCAAUAUAAGUGGCCAGGAUAAAGGUGGCAUUGCAAGAAAAAAAUUGGCAAUUAAACAUAGUAGUAA